AUAAUGGCAUUAUGGCAAUCAAAAUGAACGAACAACAAAAAAUCCCAGUCAAAGUUUCCGGAUUGGAAGGAGAGACGAUUUCGAAAAUCUCGUGUGGUCAUGAACACACGCUUGCGUUGUCCACCGACGGAAAAGUCUAUUCUUGGCAAAACAAACAAAUAAACAGUCUUGCUCUUUUUGGAGCCAGAAUGGAAAGUUUUUUGCCGGAGAUAAUUUCUUCAGCUAUAGGCAGGGUUAUUGAUAUUGCAGCUUUUUCUGAUGCAAGUGCUGCAUUAACUGAAUUAAAUCAAAUUUACAUCUGGGGUCGUCACGGAAAUCAAAUGAUACCGGCACCAACGAUCACCUCUUUUUCGUCACUGGACGAAGUUUUCGCGCCAAACACAUUCCGACCUCUGCGGCCAAAUGGACCUUCGCCAAAAGAACAAAUGAUGACUCAUGCACCUGACGUAGACAACGAACAACUCACAGACACACUCAUUGAUUGCCUCAAACAGGGGUUCAAUGAUUUAGAAACUGCUGAUUUUGCGUUCGUUGUUGACGGAAAGAAAAUUCACGUUCACAAAGCGAUUUUGAUGCUUCGCUGUGUCGUCUUCAAGACGAUGUUUCUGGGCGAUUGGAAAGAGUGUCACACAAACGAGCAUACGAUCGAGGGGCACAGUUUCGACGCUGUCUAUGCACUCUUGAAAUAUUUCUACACAGACGAGCUUGAGGUGGAGCCAGAAAAAGCUCUUGAAUGCCUGAACCUGGCCCACUUCUACCAACUGAAAGGUCUUCAAACGAAGUGCGUGCGACUGAUCAAAUCUGGCGUGACAGCGGAAAAUGCAGCUUCGAUUUACGACAAGGCUCUUGUAUUUGGCACCAAGGAACUCGAGGACUUCGUUUUUUGGUUUUGCUUGAAAAACCUGACAGCCGUGGUGAAAAGCGAUAGUUUCAAAAAGUUGAGCGAGAAAGUUACCAUUGAUUUCUUCCAACGUGCUGCUGAACAAGGAGGCUUCAAAAAUUGACAACUUUGAAAUAUUUUUGAUAGUUUUUACCAUGCUUAUUGUUUUAAAAUUUC